ACCACUGCUCUCUUAACCAACGUGCGGUCGGAACUUGCGGCUCUCAGGUUUUCAGUAUCAACACAGACACAGCCUCUGAAUUGCUUCAUUCCCCCCUGCCAUUCGUGCCCUUCCCGCUGCUCGUCGUUCUGCUCAUCCGUCAGUCCUUCCGCAGUGCUGAGCUCGGCAGGAGGACAGAGGGGAGCAGCUGGGAGCCUCACAGCCUCCUCGCGUUCCCAUGCAGCGGGACAGCACUGCUGCGUGCGACGGCCCUGAUUCCUCCCUCGUCCCCCUUUUCCUUUUUUUCCUCCCUCGUCCCCCUUUUCCUUUUUUCCUUCUCAUGCACUUCCUGCUAUCCCGCCUUAUCCCCGCCUUCCCUCAUCUCUUCUUGCACUCUUUGACCCCUUUUUCUCCCCGCAUCCUUAUUUCUCUUCACAUUCUCCUGUUCUUUUUUCCCCUUUCCUCUUCUUCGUCCCCAGCUCCGCUUCCCCCCACCUCACGUCCCCUUUCUUCUGUCCCUGUACCCCAUUUUUCCCUUUUUUUCUCUACCCCCUUUUUUUUGUUCUCUGCUGUCCCCUAUUCCCUUUUUCCUCUUUGCUCUCUCUCUCCUUUCUUCCCCCUCAUCCUGUUACAGAAGAGAGUGAAGGAAUGAUGGACAAGCUGGUGCAGGAUGGCAGCAGCAGGGUGGAAGCCCAGGUUCCGGACACGGCUUGGUCUUCUAAGCAGCGUGAGGACUGCGAGAAAGACUUUGUUGGAUGCAGCAGGAAAGCACAGCCGCUGGUGGAUGCCAGUGUCCGCUCCUGAGGCUCUGCGCCAAGGAUUGGCGACUCCACCACCAGAAGUAGCAGGCAUUUUGGGAUGUCCAAGGUUCCGUAGUGAACGUGUCCUGUUCCUGGUAAAGGUGUGGGCGUUCCUGGACACGAAGGUAUCUAUCUUCCUGCCUUGCCCAUGUGCCCAGUCCCCCACCAGAUGCUGUUUGCCUUUUGGCCCCCCUGAUUUGCUGUACUGCUGCGCCCUGAUCCUUGCAGAGGGGCUCUCAUUGGUCACCGGCAGCGCCGUCCCGCCCUUGUCAGCCUCUCAUUGGUCUUCAGCAGUGCCGUUCCGCACUCACCAGCCUGUAAUUGGUCAUCAGCAGUGCCAUCUUGCCCACAUUGCCUCUCAUUGGUCAUCAACAGCUCCGUCCCGCCCCCGCAUGCCUCUCAUUGGUCAUCAGCAGCGCCGUCCCGCCCCCAUGUACCUCUCAUUUGUCACCGGCAGUGCCAUCCCACCUUCACGUGCCUCUCAUUGGUCAUCAGCAGCGCUGUCCCGUCCUCGCUAG